UUGAUAUUGGGUCCGUGCUUGCUUAUCGAAAAUAUUUAUUCUAUUAUUUUUUGUGGUGUUUUUUGUUUUUUGAGUGUCCGUCUUUUUGUUAAUUUGUUUUGAUUGUUUGGGGUAAAAUCAAAAAUUGGUGGAUAUUUUAGCCUCAGUUCGUUCUGUGCUUUGCAUCGUCGUCGUGGCGGCAUUUCCCAGGAAGAAAAACAGCGUAGAGCAGAUAUUAUGGGUUUACCACCGUUCAAUGAAUCCGGCAGUCCCUUCAAUGUGGUGCCCAUACACCAUUAUCCUGAGCUGAUGAAGGACACAUGCGCUCUCAUCAAUUCGGAAUGGCCGCGCAGUGAAACGGCGCGCAUGCGUUCCCUAGAAGCAUCAUGUGAUACAUUGCCCUGCAGUUUGGUUUUGACCACUGAAGGUUUAAGCCGCGUUAUAGCCCAUUGCAAGCUUAGUCCAAUACCAUCGAAAAGUAAAUCCUGCUUCAUAGAAUCCGUGGUAGUGGACAAGAGUUGCCGGGGCCAGGGAUUUGGUAAAUUAAUAAUGAAAUUCGCCGAAGACUAUUGUCGUGUUGUGCUAGAUUUAAAAGUAUUAUAUUUAUCCACCAUUGAUCAAGAAGGCUUCUACGAAAGAAUAGGUUAUGAAUUCUGUGCACCGAUCUCAAUGUAUGGACCAAGACAUUGUGAGAUGCCCAGUCUGCAGACAGCCAAAAAGAAAUACAUGAAGAAAGUUUUAUAGGCAACCAUGCAAACAGGAAUACACACAAAACGAAACCUUGCAGCAACCAAUAACAGUAAGCCAGUGCCAGUAAGUGUUUGAAUUUUCUACACAACUUUGUGAAGAAUAGAAAAAAUGAACACUGAACAAGGCUUCACUUGUUAGAAACACUUACACAGUAACAUAUUUUUGAAACCAACACUUCCAAAGCAAAAACGAACGUAAGGCGGUAAACGAACACAAUAAUACAAAAACAAAAACAACAACUAAAACGUUAUAAUAUCUUAGAUUGUACAAGAACAAAAAACAAAAUGCUUUAAGAAAGAGAAGAAACACAUGCCAUUUUAUAAGAUUUAUUUUGUACAUUUCCAUUUCUUUGAAAGAUACAAUAGGAAAGUCUUAGACACACACUAUGGUUUAAGAAUUUUUAAUGAAACUCAGUGUUGCCUCCAAACCAAUCAAUCCACACUCAUGUACACUACUUUUUGUUUUAUUAAUAUUAUAUUGCUGUUUAUUGUUUGAGUUAUAAACUUUUAAAAUGUAUUUCUUGGAUUAUGUAUUCAUUUUGGUUUUGAAGUUUGGAACCCCUUUGCUAUUUUAAACUUAAAUUACCAAAAUUGAAAUAAAUUCGGCUUUUUGCAGA